CACACCGCAGGCCAGCCGCACCCGCGCACCCCAUGCGCCGGCCCGGCCGCACCCCGGCCCCAGCCCCCGCCCCGGCCCCCGCCCGGCCCCGGCCUGGGGGGCAGUCGCGCCAGUGAGCGGUGGGGCAGGAACUACCAUAACCGUGGCCUGUGCGGCAGCCCCUUGAGGAGCGAUGACGGAAUACAAGCUGGUGGUAGUGGGCGCAGGUGGCGUGGGGAAAAGUGCCCUGACCAUUCAGCUCAUCCAGAACCACUUUGUGGAUGAGUACGACCCCACCAUUGAGGACUCGUACCGGAAGCAGGUGGUCAUCGAUGGGGAGACAUGCCUGCUGGACAUCCUGGACACAGCAGGGCAGGAGGAGUACAGCGCCAUGCGGGACCAGUACAUGCGCACGGGCGAGGGCUUCCUUUGCGUGUUCGCCAUCAACAACACCAAGUCCUUUGAGGACGUUCACCAGUACAGGGAGCAGAUCAAGCGGGUGAAGGACUCAGAUGAUGUGCCCAUGGUACUGGUGGGGAACAAGUGUGACCUGCCUGCUCGCACCGUGGAGUCACGGCAGGCCCAGGACCUCGCCCACAGCUACGGCCUUCCCUACAUUGAGACCUCAGCCAAGACCCGCCAGGGCGUGGAGGACGCCUUCUACACACUGGUCCGCGAGAUCCGGCAGCACAAGCUGCGGAAGCUGAACCCCCCGGACGAGGGCGGCGCUGGCUGCAUGAACUGCAAGUGUGUGCUUUCCUGACACCAUGGCAGCGAGCUAAGCACAGGCGCAGGCGUGGAGGUGCAGGAUGCGGGAGGUGGCGCAGCUGGAAGGGCACACGGAAGGAAGGAAGGAAGUGCCACCGGGGCCCGGCCAGCCCAGAACAGUGGACAGAGGUGACCUCAGACCUCCCACGGACGCUUUGCACAGACUGUCACGAACUGUCCCAGAUGCCGUCGGCUCCGCGCCCUCCACCUCUCCCCUGCCCCUGGGUGCAGGUGGAAUCGCAGUAAAUUAUUGGAUGGUGUUGA